GAAGCUUUCUCGUGCAAGUUGGGUGAGCUUUCACAGUGUGUGAGACGUUGUGCUGCGCGCUUCGCAUUUUCAUUGUCGCUCCUGGAAGGGCGGUAUUUGUCCACAGCAGAGGAAAAAAAAUAAAGAAGAUAGUUGUGUCAGGCAGUGCGUGUUGGUGUUGCGUGCUGUCCGUGUUGAUGAAGUGCCAGGGUUGAGGGACUUCCGCCGUGUGAGAGAGAAUUUUCCACAUAGAGUUUUUCAUUUUGCGGCGCAGCGGAGAAAAUUAGCCGAAAAUUCAGGCGCCACUGAUCAUUGCAUCUAUUGCAGUUCUACCAGUAGCCAUGUUCGCCCUGUGGUACCUGUCUUUCGCGAUCGAUGAAAUCAGAAAACGCCUUGGAUAUCCUUCGCUCUUUGGAAGACAAACGAACGAUACGAAAAUCAUUGAAAAAUCAGAACCAAUAAAAUCUGAUGUUAAGCCUGUAGUUAAACCAGAGAUCAAGCCUGAGAUUAAUCCAGAAAUCAAGCCUGAGAUUAAGCCAGAGGCUGUGAAACCAAAAGAACCCGAGAAGAAGCCCCAAGAGAAACCUGAACCACCAAAAAGGGCUGAAGUUGAAAAGAAACCUGAACCUCCGAAGAUUACCCCAAAGAUUCCAGAAGGAACAAAAAGCAAUGGGGGUGCUUCAGCGCCCGGUAAGCAGCCUGAAUCCCCGGAAACGCAGGAAUUGAUGAAAACCUACGAAAUCCCCGAUAAAGAGGAUACAAAGAAGAAACCCGAUCCCUUCAAUGGGGCUGCUGCUGCUCGUCAGGUUUCCCCAGCGAAACCCAAAGAAGCAUCCAGCAGAACCCCAACACCCCAGACUGGAUCCAAGUCCCCGAGUCCACAGAAGAAUGGAAGUCUCGCGGGAAAAGCCAAAUCCCCAAAGGACGCCACAAUGGCCUUCCUGGCUGAGGAAUCAUCCACAGCGAAAAGUCCCACAACGACGAAAAGGAACAAAUCCGACACCAUGGUUGAUGCUGCAACUCUUGAGAAAUUGGAGGCUGGAUUCGCCAAGCUUGCCGCUUCUGAUUCCAAGUCUCUCCUGAAGAAGUACUUGACCAAGGAGGUCUUUGAUGCUCUCAAGACCAAGAAGACACCAUCCUUUGGAUCCUCUCUCCUGGACUGCGUCCAAUCUGGAUUCGAAAAUCACGAUUCUGGUGUCGGAAUCUACGCUCCUGAUGCCGAGGCGUACUCCGUGUUCUCUGACCUCUUUGACCCCAUCAUUGAGGACUACCAUGCAGGCUUCAAGAAGACGGACAAGCACCCCCCACGCAACUUCGGUGAUGUCGACACGUUCGGCAAUCUCGAUCCCGCUGGUGAGUACGUGAUCUCCACCCGUGUGCGCUGCGGUCGCUCCAUGGAGGGCUACCCCUUCAACCCAUGCCUCACAGAGGCUCAGUACAAGGAGAUGGAGCAGAAGGUCUCCUCCACCUUGUCCGGACUCGAGGGUGAGCUCAAGGGCAAAUUCUACCCACUCACCGGUAUGGAGAAGGCAGUCCAGCAGCAGCUCAUCGAUGAUCACUUCCUCUUCAAGGAGGGCGAUCGCUUCCUCCAGGCUGCCAAUGCAUGCCGCUACUGGCCCAGCGGACGUGGCAUCUACCACAACGAUGCCAAGACUUUCUUGGUCUGGUGCAAUGAGGAAGAUCACCUUCGUAUCAUCUCCAUGCAGAUGGGUGGUGAUUUGGGUCAGGUCUACCGUCGCCUCGUAACGGCCGUGAAUGAUAUCGAGAAACGCAUUCCCUUCUCCCACCACGACCGGCUUGGCUUCCUCACGUUCUGCCCCACCAACUUGGGCACCACCAUCCGCGCCUCUGUUCACAUCAAGGUGCCAAAGCUGGCGGCCAACAAGGCUCGCCUGGAGGAAGUUGCCGGCAAGUACAAUCUGCAGGUGCGCGGUACCCGUGGUGAGCACACCGAGGCCGAGGGUGGCGUCUACGACAUCUCCAACAAGCGCCGUAUGGGUCUCACGGAAUACGAUGCCGUCAAGGAGAUGUACGACGGUAUUGCUGAGCUCAUCAAGAUCGAGAAGAGCCUGUAAAGACAUCCAAAGACGCGCCCAGAUUUUUAUUUUGAUUUCGCAUCUUGAAAGUCAGGACAAAAACUGUAUUUCUAUUUGCUAUAAAGUAACUACUCUUUUUUUUUUUGCUGUAAAACACUAACUUUCAACUAAAGACGUGGAUGUGGAGAACACUCGCAGCAUUUCAUCGUAUAAACAUCUUUUAAGAUUUCUCUUUCAUUUUGCAAAACUCCACCAACUUUUUACAAAUUACAUUUUAAUUCACCUUUUAUUUGCAAAGAACAUCCGCAAUAAAAAACCAAAAAAUGUAGCGUAAAAUAAAAAUGAAAGGAACAGCAAAA